CACAAAAUGGCGGCUCAACGCCUCACAGACAACAGCCAAUAAGAGCAAUGCGGGAAAGAAGCGGCACAAAAGACCUGACUGACGUGUUCUGUAACCAAUGAGAGAAGCGGACUUUGAAUCCCCUCCCCCUCUCAUCGUAUCCAAUAGGCUUCUCUACUGCUUGAUUGACGCCACCUUUCAACCAAUGAACGAACUCUACGUAGGAGUGGCGUUCCUUUAGACCAAUCACGGAGCAGUAAGGAGGCGGAGUGGUUGAGGUUUAGCCCCGGCGCCAUGUUAAGGAGCUCUCAAUCCCGGCGGAGGCUCUGAAGAUGGCGGCAGCAGCAGCUGUUGGAGGAAGGUCAGCUUAUUACGGGAACGAAGGUGGCCGUGCCCCAAAAAGGCAGAAGACGGACGGGACCGACGACAACGUGGCGGCCACUGCGGAAGGAUACGAGGACCCUCACAAGCCCCCGGCUUCUCCGGUGGUCCAUGUGAGGGGACUAAUUGAUGGAGUGGUGGAGGCUGACCUCGCAGAGGCGUUACAGGAGUUUGGUACCAUCGGUUAUGUAGUUGUGAUGCCGAAGAAGAGACAGGCCCUGGUGGAGUUUGAGGACAUCCUGGGAGCCUGUAAUGCUGUCAACUAUGCAGCAGACAACCAGAUCUACGUUGCUGGUCAUCCAGCUUUUGUCAACUACUCCACCAGCCAGAAGAUCUCACGGCCUGUUGACACCGGAGAUGAUUCAAGGGGGGUCAACAACGUCUUACUCUUCACCAUCCUCAACCCCAUCUAUUCAAUCACAACGGAUGUGUUGUAUACCAUCUGUAACCCUUGUGGACCUGUCCAGCGGAUUGUCAUCUUCAGGAAGAAUGGAGUCCAAGCUAUGGUGGAAUUUGACUCAGUGCAAAGUGCUCAGCGUGCUAAGGCCUCUCUGAAUGGAGCAGACAUAUACUCUGGAUGUUGCACUUUAAAGAUUGAAUAUGCUAAGCCCACUAGACUGAAUGUCUUCAGAAACGAUCAGGACACUUGGGACUAUACUAACCCGACACUAAGCGGACAAGGAGAUGUAGCAGGAAACCCUAACAAAAGACAGCGAAAUCCGCCACUACUUGGAGACCACCCUGCAGAAUACGGUGGAGGCCCACAUGGUGGUUACCACGGUCACUAUCACGAUGAGGGUUAUGGCCCUCCUCCUCCACACUAUGAAAGCAGAAGGAUGGGACCACCCCCUGUUGGAGCCACUCGCAGAGGACCAAAUCGCUAUGGUCCCCAGUAUGGUCACCCUCCACCACCACCCCCAGAAUAUGGCCCCCACGCAGACAGUCCGGUGCUCAUGGUGUAUGGCCUCGACCCAAUCAAGAUGAACUGUGACCGAGUGUUCAAUAUUUUCUGCUUAUAUGGCAAUGUGGAGAAGGUCAAAUUCAUGAAGAGCAAGCCAGGGGCAGCUAUGGUAGAGAUGGCUGAUGGGUAUGCUGUGGACAGGGCCCUCACGCAUCUGAACAAUAACUUCAUGUUUGGUCAGAAACUAAGCGUGUGCGUAUCAAAGCAGCAGUCUAUUGUGCCUGGUCAGUCAUAUGGCCUGGAGGAUGGCUCAUGCAGCUUUAAGGUGUUCAGUGGCUCUCGAAACAAUCGCUUCACUUCACCGGAACAGGCGGCAAAGAACCGCAUCCAGCAGCCAAGCAAUGUGCUUCAUUUUUUCAAUGCUCCACCAGAAGUGACUGAACCCAACUUCCUAGAGAUUUCUGAUGAGUUGGGUUUAAAAAAACCCGCUUCUGUCAAAGUGUUUUCUGGCAAGAGUAAGUCUCUAGGUGAAAGGAGCUCCUCUGGGCUGCUGGAGUGGGAAUCCAAGAGCGACGCCCUGGAAACUCUCAGUCUCCUGAAUCAUUUCCAGAUGAAGAAUCCUAAUGGCCCAUACCCUUACACCUUGAAGCUAUGCUUCUCCACUGCCCAGCAUGCCUCAUAACAUCAGGACGUGACAACAUUGCUACUUCCCUGCCGCUAAUGUUUAGUUCCAGUUGGGCUCCUUGAGCUAUUUUUUUAUUUUCAGUUUAUUACAUAACUUUUUUUUAUGUAUGGUUGUGCCCGUCUUUAGCACGUGGUAAUAAAUUGUUUGGGGGGUACUUGUGUUGUGUUAAUGAGUGUUUGUUUGCUAGUCUUUCCCAUGUCGAAUAAAGCCUGAAGCUUUGAUUGGUAACUA